AUGGCUGGCAACGACGGCCACUAUGUGGAAUCUUCGCCCACCAACUCCACCAAUUUCAUUGCGAAGCCAUCUCGUACUCAAUUCAGCCAAGUACCCAAUCCGUUAGCCAAAGCUUCAAUUCCAUCAAUUGCAUUGGCGCAAUGGAUGCAGCCAAUGAUCUCACUAGGAUCUCGACAAGUUUUGGAGCUCGACGACAUGUGGCCCGUAUGUCCUUCAGACGCCUGCGAGUCACUCGAAACACGCUUCAAGCGACACUAUGAACCUCAUCGAUCUCACGUUUUUGGACUCUCACCCGUGUUCGUGGCGUAUAUGAAGACGUUCCAAGUGCAGAUCACAGUUGUGUUCAUGGGCUGCGUCGUAUACGUGCUGGCUUUAGGGCUGCAGACCUACGUGACGAAAGCGCUGUUGGAAUUCCUGAACGGCGAGGAGAAUGGGUUCGGUAUCGAAGAUGGCUACUGGCUUGUAGCCAUGAUGACCGGUAGCUCGCUUGUGGCUGUGUGUGCAUUGAACUAUCUUUUCUUCGUGGCGUCACGUAUUGGAACGAAUAUGCGCUCGUUGACAAUGUCGCUGGUGUAUGAGAAGGCGUUAAGACUCUCGAGUGCAGCGAGACAGGAGUAUACGACCGGAGAGAUCUUAACACUCAUGAGUGUCGAUACAGAGCGUGUGUUUACUGCGAUGGUGCAGGGUCCAUGGCUCGUUAUGGGGCCGUUAGCGUUUAUGGUGUCCUGUAUACUGAUUGGAUUUCUAUUUGACCUCUAUUCAGCGCUGGCUGGUGCAGUGGUACUCAUAGCCGUUAUGGUUAUCUCUAUUCAACAAGGAGACCGUAUCGCUGAACUGCAAAGGCGGCUGCUAAGAGUUAUCGAUGAACGUGUUAAGGUUACAUCCGAGACGUUACAGGGUAUCCGUGUUAUGAAGUUCUACGCGUGGGAAGAUUCUCUAGCUCAACGCGUGGAGAAACUUCGAGUUAAGGAAGUGAGUUUGUUACGGAAGUUCCACUCAUACCAGGUCGUGAAUACGGUCAUGCUCUUCAUCACUCCGACGUUCCUAUCUGGCGCUACAUUGGGAGUGUAUGUGUUAAUUAACCAUACCAUAACGGUGGUGGAGGCGUUCACGCUCGUCGCUAUGGUUAACAUCAGUCGCGCUGCACUGAAUCAACUUCCACUAGCUAUCGGAGGCUUGUCGAAGGCCAAGAUCGCAUACACUCGAAUUGACGCGUUCCUCUCUAGCAGCGAAGUUUCAACGAUAACGGUUAAAGAUACAGCCGAUCGAGGUCGUAUUUCGAUCCGAGAGGGGGUGUUUGAAUGGCCUGGAAACCCGACAGUGAGCGACAUUAUCGUGGUGACACCAGCACUUGAAGAAACUGACGACGACAACCUUGAUAAGGCUGCGUUUUUCUCCAUUGACACGCCCAAAGUGGAGAACAAUGAAAUUGAAAACCCGGCAUUAUUCCAAGCACAACAUGAGGUUAAACAAGGCUUCCAGCUUCGUGGUGUGAAUCUAGAGAUCGAGUCUGGAUCGCUGGUCAUGAUUGUCGGAACGGUAGGCGCAGGUAAAUCCAGUCUCAUUAACGCCAUCCUUGGUGGCAUGCCACGAACCACCGGUGUGCUGGAAAUCGGUGGACGCGUGGCGUAUGUUAGCCAAGACACCUGGAUCCGCAAUGCAACUCUGCGUGAUAACAUUCUGUUCGAGCAAGACUACGAUGCUGAACGAUACGAACAGGUACUGGAUGCGUCACAACUGGCAAUGGAUCUGAAAGCUCUACCCAACGGAGACUCGACGGAGAUUGGUGAACGUGGCAUCAACUUGAGUGGCGGUCAGAAGGCUCGAGUGGCUAUCGCUCGUGCGAUGUACCGGGCAGGGACGGAUGUGCUGAUUUUGGAUGAUCCGUUGAGUGCUGUGGAUCCCCACGUAGCUCAUGCGAUUUUCGACAAGUGUAUCGCUGGUAUGGCAGGCGAUCAGACUCGGUUGCUGGUGUUGAAUAGCCACUAUGAUCUGCUGGAUAGAGCUGAUCACAUUGUGAUGAUGAAUGACGGCGUGAUUGUUGCGCAAGGAUCGUAUCAAGACGUACUUACCCAAUUCCCGCACUUAGGAGCGCCCAUUACCACAAUUAAGGAGGAUACUGUUGAACCUGUUUCUUCAACUGGGAAUGACAUCGACACAAUUAAACAGGAUCAAGUCAUUGGCAAACGGACAGAUGAAGCCCAAAGCACCGUGAAAGCAGAGACGGAGAAGCAGGACAAAGCUGGGCGUUUAAUUCGGGCCGAAGACCGAGUGAAAGGGAAGGUUGGUGGACGUGUGUACAAGACCUACUUCGACGAAACUGGUUUCAAUGGAUUGGUCGUUAUCUUCGUGAUUGUCGCUGCUUAUUGCGCUGGUCAAGCUGCACGAACGGUUGUUGACUGGUGGCCGGGGCAUUGGGCUCGCAACAUGCCUCGCCGAGGGGUGGACCCGACGUAUUCGAACACCACAUUCGGUAUGUGGUAUCUCGGGUUUCUUGCGCUUUGCACAGUGUUAUCCUUUGGUCGCGCGUUGAUGAUCAUCGAGUCGUGUGUUCGAUCGUCGCGAAAUAUGCACGACGAGCUCUUCCGACGCGUUUUAAAGGCCCCCGUAACGCGAUACUUCGACGUGACUCCUAUGGGUCAAAUAUUGAACCGCUUCUCGAACGAUCUAGACCAAAUGGACUCGAUUCUGCCUCAAGAGUACCAGUUACUCCUUCAAAACGUGUCGCUGGCUUUCGGUGCGCUGAUCGUCUCGGCAUUCGCUUCAUACUGGAUUGGCGUUGCGUAUAUCCCCAUCUUCCUCAUUUUCCUCUACAUCGGACAAUAUUUCAAGAAAUCUUCGCGAGAAAUUAAGCGGCUCGAGGGCAUCACACGAACGCCAGUGUACAAUCUCUUCGGCGAAACUCUGUCGGGUCUCGAUACGAUUCGCGCGUUUCGUAUGAACGAGAAUUUCACCAAACAGAAUCGACGAGUGGUGGAUGUUAACGCAAAUUUGUACUUGACGUACUGGGCUGCCAGUCGAUGGCUGGCCACUCGACUUGACUUUCUGUCGGUCGCGAUCAUAUUUAUUGUCUCGCUGUACCUCGUAGCUACCGCCGGGUCGGUUGGAUCGUUGACGUCUGGGCUCUCACUCACGUAUUCGCUCAUGUUGACAUCGAUGGUGCAGUGGGUUAUGCGUAGUGUGGAUCGCACAGACAACGCCAUGACGAGUGUGGAAAGACUGCUGUCCUUCCGUCAGAUUGAAAACGAAGGCGACGAGGGUAAACAUGUUGAUGAAUUGCUCGAGCACGGUUUAGCUGGAAUAGCGAAGUCGUGGCCGUCUCGAGGAGCUAUUCGGUUCGACCACCUAUGUCUGCGAUACCGACCAGAACUUCCACUUGUACUCAAAGGUGUUGAUAUGGACGUCGCUGCCGGUGAGAAAGUCGGUAUCUGUGGACGCACCGGAGCUGGGAAAUCUUCGCUAAUGGUCGCGCUCUUCCGUAUCUGCGACUUCGACAGCGGACGUGUAUUCAUCGACGAUGUUGAUAUCGCUACUAUUAACCUCCGUGAACUCCGACGUAGCCUCGCCAUCAUCCCGCAGGACCCCGUGCUCUUCAGCGGACCCCUUCGUGAAAACCUCGACCCGUUCCACGAGUACUCGGAUGAGCGUAUCUGGAACGUACUCAAACAGGUUCACAUGGCUGAUAGUCUGCGACGCUGGGGAGCUGGUCUUGACUUCGAGGUGGCAGAAGGUGGAGACAACCUGUCAGUGGGUCAACGUCAGCUCAUCUGUAUCGGUCGCGCACUGCUCAAGGACAGUAAGGUGGUGGUGCUGGACGAGGCCACGGCUAAUGUGGAUACAGCUACAGACGCACUCAUCCAGACGACCAUCAAGGAGACGUUCGAGGACAAGACGGUGCUAAUCAUCGCGCACCGUAUCAACACGAUCAUGCAUUGCGACAAGAUCGCCGUGAUGGACGCUGGUCGUGUCGUGGAGUUUGACACUCCGUCAGAGUUGUUGGCACAGCCUCAGUCAGUGUUUGCAGCGUUAGCAAAGCGAUCUGGUACAGUUUAA